UUUAUAUUAUCAUCCAUCUUCUUUGUUCUCUCUGCUUGUUGUAGUUAUAUAUUAAACUGAAAAAAACUAUUGAAAAUUAUAACACCAACAUAUCUAGGGAUAUGUCUAGCCGAAGGUCCAGGCAACAAUCUGCAUCUACAAGGAUCUCCGAUGACCAAAUCAUCGAACUUGUUUCAAAGUUGCGUCAACUUGUUCCUGAGAUUCGUGAUAGGCGUUCUGACAAGGUUUCAGCAUCUAAGGUCCUACAGGAGACCUGUAACUACAUUAGAAGCUUACACAGAGAGGUUGAUGACUUAAGCGAACGGCUAUCUCAAUUGUUGGCCACAAUUGAAGCUGAUAGUCCAGAGGCUGCUAUCAUUAGGAGCCUAAUUAACGGAUAAGAAAGUGUUCUAAUUUUCCUAUUCAAGGAGAUAUAUAAGAGUGUACUUUAUUUUAAU